AUGCCACCACGCACCCCACCACCACAGUCCAUGAUCCUCCCCACCCUCGCCCCGCCCGACGUCGACGACUCGACACGACAGAACUGGACCGACCCCUCGGGGCGGACAUACGAGGUCGUCUACCCCAACCCGGCGCGGAUCCCUUUCCGCUCACCGGGCAUCUCCAUCCUGGAACUGCCCUACCCACCGACUAUGGAUCUCUCCGGGUUCAGGUAUAAAUGCAAGUCUGUCACCUUGUUCUACCCCGCCGGCUAUAUCGACGACGACGACGAGGGGCACAUCUACUGGCCGCCGUUUGACGCGCGUUUGAUGCUCUCGCACAAGGACAGGCGCGUCCUCCCUCAGGACGUUGAUCUCCUGCAGCACCGCACCGGCUUCUCGUGCAGGCAGCAGAACCCAAACUACCUGAGCUUUUUAGGCCCCAUACCCAAAGAGUGCGACGUCGGGCCGAGCCUCAUCGCGUUCAAAGUCCCCAAGACGCUGAAGAACGCAAACGACGGCUACUUCUUCCGGUUUGCCAACGUGUCCGACCCGUCGAUCACGUACUACGAGACGGCGACGUUCCCGAUCUUCACUGAGCACAUUACGGACCCCCGGGACGCGCUGCUUGCGGCCUUGCUCGGCGUCGGGGUGUUCUUCAUGCUCCUCGUUGGUGCUUUCCGGCUGGCUGCACGCGAGCAGCGGACGGGAUCUGUGGCGAUCUAGGAGUGGAUGGAGGGUCAGUAAACACACGGUGCCGUCAUUGGUCUUGCCAGGGCUCACGAGGCGACGUUGGAUCUCACGUCUGACGUUGGAAUGUGUGGUGGUGGAUGACGUACGGUAUCGCAUCCAGUGCCUAUCACUCGCUUGUAUCCCAUUUCCGUCGCAUGCAAC